UGAACGUGUUACGUAGAUAUCGUAGACUUAAACUCUCGUAGAUUUUCUUGCAUGAGUUUCCUGCUGCGUCCAGUAGCAGCCAUGUUUUAAGGAAGUCAAAAAGUAAUGUUGGCAGUUAUGUUACAGAGAUUGUCAAACCAUUGCUAUUCCAUAUUUUUAUUUUAAGUUCAUUGAGCACAGAAUCAAACAUAACCUCUUCUGUAUCUCUAACCUCUAAAGCACUGAGCCCUUGAAACAGGUGCUAAUUAAGUGAAACGCAAACACCUGCUCAGGUUGUCCCACAGUGGCCUCUGCUGACUCUUCACACCUGACUCCAGUCAUCUACUCAUCGUAGAGGUAACCGGUCUGUGGAAGUGGCCUCACUUUAAAAGCUCUGCUGUGUUCACUGCAGUCACUGAGCUGAAACCUUUAUUGUUUGGUCUCAAACAGUGCAAAGUUUGUGCAGGUUGUUUGGUUUCAGCUUUCAGAAUGUCUUCUGGAUUUUGUGUGGGGGUGAUUCUGCUCUCACUCCUGUGCUUUGGCCCACAAGCAAAAGCACUGAGCUACAGAAGUGAUGGCUCUGGGGGCCUUCAGCCUUACUUUCCACAUAAAGGAAAUGUAAUUCAGUCGGGUAUUGUUUCAAGUCGUGGUAUUAAUGUGGGUUCUGCUCAACAAGCUAAGCCGAUCUACCAGACAAAACCCCAGCAGCCGAGCUACCAGCAACCUAGGCCCCAGCAGCCGAGCUACCAGCAACCCAGGCCCCUGCAGCCGAAGCCCCAGCAGCCGAGCUACCAGCAACCCAGGCCCCUGCAGCCAAGCCCCAGCAGCCGAGCACCACCAGCAGCCAGCCCCAGCAGUCCAGCAACCAGGCCCCUGCAGCCGAAGCCCCAGCAGCCGAGCUACCAGCAGCCCAGGCCCCAGCAGCCGGCCCAGCAGCAGCCCAGGCCCCAGCAGCCCCAGCAGCCCAGGCCCCAGCAGCAGCCCAGAGCCGAGCUACCAGCAGCCCAGGCCCCAGCAGCCGAGCUACCAGCAGCCCAGGCCCCAGCAGCCCAGGCCCCAGCAGCCCAGGCCCCAGCAGCCCAGGCCCCAGCAGCCCAGCAACAGUGCAAGUCAAAGCAAAGCUGGCAUGUGGGAUGCAGUUUCUCGUGGUUUUGA